CCAGGUUAUAUAAGAGUCGAUAAUAUCUCGUGCUAAUUUGAGCGAACACUCAGAAACAAGAAAAAUGAAUUCUCCGAUAAUAUUCCUUCUGCUCCUGUGUUUUGGCUUUCUUCCCAUCACAGUGGGGAUGCAGCAUGGUGUGGUAAAGAAAAGAGAGGAGGGGUUUUCGCUUCUUAGAAGAGUCAAACGCAAUGAGGAUGCGACCAGGAACAGCUUUUCCUUUGAGGAUAAGGUGGCCAUUAUCCGACAACACAACGACUUUCGGAGAUAUCCUAAUGCGACAAACAUGCAGAAAAUGUAUUGGGACACGGACCUAGAAAGGGUGGCUCAAAACUGGGCCAAUCAGUGCACGUGGGGAUACAACGAACAGAGAACCAUUCAGCAGACGGUUUACAACAGCGUAGGAGAAAGCCUCUUCUACUCAACAGGUACAAUACGUGGACAAACGAAGACUAUGUUAGCGUUUUGGUUUAGUGAGAUCGUAGACUACACUUAUUCCAACAACUCGUGCAAACCCCGCAGAUCAUGCGGCCACUACAAGCAGAUUGUGUGGCACAACACGACGGCUGUUGGUUGUGGUUUCAAGUUCUGUCCUCAGGCUAAAAACAUCCGGACAAAGUCGAUCUAUAUUGUCGUCUGCAACUACGGUCCGGAGGGAAACCUCCGAGAACAGAUACCCUACACAAACGGGACACGGUGCUCAGAGUGUCCUACCGGCGGAAAAAACUGCGACGAUGGCCUGUGUUACGCACACUGUGGCAGUAAAACGUGUCAAAAUGGCGGGAAUAUCCUUACUGAUGUCUGCAUGUGUAACUGCAGUGGUACAGGUUACAAAGGGGACACGUGCGAAAUUAGCAACAUCCCCAACACUAACAGAAGUGUCCAUAUUUUACAAAAUAUGUAUCUGAUGAUAAUCAUUACACUAGGUUUUGUGUUCUGGUCACAUUUCUGAUAAUUUGUGGAGGCAGAGAACACUGUCCCUAAAUAUAUUUCAAAUGCCUUUUUUAUUGCUGGCUUUAAAAACGUUUAAUUGGGGUGCCUUUUUCCUGAGUUGGUCUAUGUGCGAUUUCUCCCUUAGUACCUCUAUUAUUUUUUCUGGAUCCGCGAUUAAUGACGAUUUUAUGGCAACCAGAAUUUAUUCAUUGAUGCAUUACAACAUCAAAGAUCCGCGAUUAAUGACGAUUUUAUGGCAACCAGGAUUUAUUCAAUGAUGCAUUACAACAUUAAAGAUCCGCGAUUAAUGACAAUUUUAUGGCAACCAGGAUUUAUUCAAUGAUGCAUUACAAUAUCAAAGAUCCGCGAUUAAUGACGAUUUUAUGGCAACCAGAAUUUAUCAGUGAUGCAUUACAACAUCAAAUAGCUCCAGAAAAACUCCCGAAUGUUAAUGUUUCUAAAUGUCUGCUCUGUUUUAGAAUUCGUUCAUAUAUGUAAAUUGUUUUAGAAAUAGAUUCAGUGCAGUACUUAUACUAAUGUAUAUGUUAGCGUUCCGGGCAGUAAAUGUGCGGGGGGGGGGGGGGGGGGGGGGGAGUUGGUGUGGGCACUAUCAUUGCGGUGGUCCAGGGAAUGGACUCCGCCGAGAAAAUUUUGACUUCCAGGGUGUCUGUUUCUCUCUCUCUCUCUCUCUCUCUCUCUCUCUCUCUCUCUCUCUCUCUCUCUCUCUCUCUCUCUCUCUCUCUCUCUCUCUCUCUCUCUCUCUCUCUCUCUCUCUCUCUCUCUCCGCGGCCCAAGCCAGGCAUAAACUAUACCAACUGCAACAUAAAUUCGCUGCAGCAUAAAUACAGUAUUCCAUUUAUUAGUUCAGUUAGCACUCAUAUCGAACAUAAUAAUUAUUACAUUAUUUUUUUGUUUUUACCUUUGGAAUAUUUCAUUCAUUUGUCUAUGUUAUUUUCUUUUGUGUUAAAUAUAUCUUUUAUGUGCUUU